AUGAAUGAUGAGAUGAGUUCCAUUCAUAAGAAUAAUACUUGGGAAUUAGUCCCACCUCCCAAAGGUAAUAGAAAAGCUCUCAUGGAGAAGUUUCAAGUAGAAAUGAAACAAGAGUUUGAAAUGUCAAAUUUGGGACUCAUGCACUAUUUUCUUGGUGUGAAAGUACAACAAACAUCAAAAGGUAUAUUUAUUUCCCAAACCAAGUAUGUAGAUGAUUUAUUACAGAAGUUUAUAAUGGUGGCAUGCAAAGAACUUCCAACCUACAUAGCACUUGGUGAAAAGUUAACCAAGGAAGAUUCUACUUUCAAGGUUGAUGCUACUCGACAUAGAAGUUUGGUUGGUAGCCUCAUGUACCUGACAACAAAUAGGCCUGAUAUUAUGUGUUUUGUGAGCCUCAUCUCUCAGUUCAUGCAGGAUCCACAUGAGUCGCAUUGGCGGGCCACUAAAAGAACCAUGAGCGAAUCCUUCAAGCUGGAACAUGGAGGCUUCGACGAUGUUUAUAAAUCCAUUUUAGUGCAAUCAGUUGGAACUGUAGCAGUAAAUCGUAUAUCCGCGGGAUCAAGGCAAGGGAAAAAGGAAUAUCUUGCAGAAAUAAGCACAAUCACUCGUCUGCGGCAUCAGAAUUUGGUUCAGUUAUUGGGUUGGUGCCAUGAAAAAUCCCCCGACUUAUGUCGGUCUACGAAUACAUGCCUAAUGGAGGCAACUGUUGUAUCUGUUUUUGCUAGGUGGUGGCAUUUUAAACGGAAAGAAACAAGGCUGAAUAAUCAAGGUGAAGAAGGAGACGGACAGUGGGAUCAACGCGUUGUUCAUAGAGACAUGAAGGCCAGUAAUGUCUUGUUGGACUCCAAUUUCAAUGCAAAGCUGGAGGGAUUUCGUUUAGCAAGAGUAGAACCUGAUCGCACAGCCUCCCACACAACCAUGGUUGCGCGGACAAGUGGAUAUAUGGCACAAGAGUAUGUGGAACAGGAAGAAAUAUUUUUUUAUAGUCUAUGGUGUCAGGAGAUUUGUAUAUAG